AUGCCUCCUGCACAAGGAAGUUUUAACCCGCUUGAGGGUCCAGGUGACUAUGAUUGCACCAAAACAGUACACAAUGACACCUACCCCGAAAUUGAUAGCGCCGUAGCUAAUCUAUCUGGAAAAGCGGUUUUGAUUGUUGGUGGCUCGAAAGGCAUUGGCAAAGGCAUAAGUGUCUCGUUUGCCAAAGCAGGAGUCUCACACCUCGCCGUAACGGGUCGCUCAUUCCAAGACGGCUUCGAAAAAGUGUUCAUCCACGCCGCCGAAGCAGCGGGCAAGACCGCGCCGAAAGUACAUUUGAUAAAGCUGGAGGUCACCAAGCUGGAAAGCGUUCAAGAGGCUAGGGAAAUCGUAGAGAAAGAUAUUGGUCGAUUGGACGUGCUUGUCAACAGUGCCGGCAUGUUGCCUGAGGUAAAACCGUUGAUAGACACUGACCCAGAGGUUUGGUGGUCGACCUUCGAUGUCAACCUCAAGGGUGUGUAUUAUGCGUGUCGCACAUUCAUUCCCUUGCUUCUGAAGUCAACCGAAGGCCUCAAGACCAUCGUCAACCUUGCCAGCGUGGGAGCGGUUAUCGUAAGUCCAGGUGGAAACUCUUACCAGGUCUCUAAGGCGGCAGUUCUGCGGCUCAGCGAAUUUAUUGCAGUGGAGUAUGCAGAGCAAGGUCUUAUCUGCACCGCGAUAAAUCCAGGCAAUGUUCUCACAGACAUCUUUGGUCCGGGUGGACCACCUCCAUUCCUAGCGCACGUGUUCACUGAGAAGGUGGAAUUGGCUGGCGAUGCUGUAGUCUGGAUGACUGGUGGCGGUGCCGAGCGUAGACCGUGGAUCAGUGGGAGGUAUCUCAAUGUGUGCUGGGAUCUGCCGGAGCUUGAAGCCAUGAAGGACAGGAUUAUUGAGAAGGACCUGCUGAAGCCGAAGCUGGUAUAUCCGAGGGGUCUGGAGGGAAACGCGUUGUAG